AUGCUGCACGUGACUCUGCCAUUUGCAAACUCCUGGAGUUCGCAAACGACACUGCUGACUCGUGUCGCACGUGAUCCUGUUCGUCCUGGGACACAUUUCGUCCUAGCCCAUUUAUCCUAUCCUCCACAGCGCACACAGGACUCCAAGGCCCAAUCCACAGUCACAGCAUACAAGGACCGAGCAGUAACAGUCAAAAUCAAGGACCCCGCAGUGGCCCAGAGGUUUCGGACGCUCCCUGCCGUCAAGAUAAAGAAUCAAAUAGAGACGUCCAUUCACGACAACGCCGCCACCAAAUCGGUCAAAGUAGUCGCUGCCCAUCAGCUCAAGAGCGGCGAUUUACAGGUCUUUACCUCGUCGACAGCAGAAGCCACGAAACUCAAAGAGAGCCAAGGAUGGAUCAGCGGUCUUGGAGAGCACGCAGAACUCAUUGUACCAACCUACGGCGUCAUCGUUCACGGUAUCUCUACAAACUCCAUCAACAUCAAGGACCAAAAAGCAACUAUCGAACAGAUACUUGCAGACAACUAUACAGUUAUCCCUAAUGCAGAGAUCUCGUUCAUAGGAUGGCUGACUUAA